CUUUGUCGUGGCGUGUGGGGUUUUCUGUCGUUACGUGAAUAAGAAAGAUUCAUAGAAUAAGAAACCUUAAACAUGUUUGCCUAAGUUCGCAACUCCAAGGUCGAAACUACUCUGGAAAGUACCGUUAUAACUCUCUCUCUCUCUCUCUCUCUCUCUCUCCUUCAACAACUAAGCUGCCAUGUCUUCCUACGGUAGAUACCAUUCUCAAUCUCACUCCUACGCUCCUUCUGCGCCUGAGGAGCCUCCAUAUUCAAAUGCUCCUCCCACUUCUAAUUACAAUCAUUAUGCUACACCCAAUGCUUCUGCGUAUUCUUCUUCUUCUUCUGGGUAUUCGACUUUUCCACCAGGAACACCCCCAGAUGUUAUUAGGAGUUUUCAGAUGGUCGAUAGAGAUCGAAGCGGCUUCAUCGAUGAGCGUGAGUUGCAGCAAGCUCUUUCUUCUGCCUUUCACCACUUCAACCUCAGGACUAUUCGCCUCCUCAUGUUUCUCUUCAAGCAUCCACAACAACCCCUCAGAAUUGGACCAAACGAAUUUGCAGCACUUUGGAAUUGCCUUGGCCGGUGGCGAGGUAUAUUUGAGAGAUACGAUAAAGACAGGAGUGGGAAAAUUGAUCCAUUAGAACUAAGAGAUGCUCUGUAUGGUAUUGGCUAUGCGGUACCUGGCUCGGUGCUACAACUUCUGCUUUCCAAGUAUGGUGAUGGAAGUGUUAGGAGGGUUGAACUUGGUUUUGACUGUUUUGUCGAGUGUGGGAUGAUUAUCAAGGGUCUUACUGAUAAAUUUAAGGAGAAGGACACACGUUAUACCGGUUCAGCUACACUUUCAUACGAUGCCUUUAUGUCGAUGGUCAUUCCUUUCCUUGCAUCGUACGAUUAAGAAGUGAUGCUCGUCGUCAAGAUUUCUUAGUUUUUUGGUGCUACAUUCAAUUGAUUAUUUUAUGAUUUAAAUUGUGAAGAAAUUUGUAAGGUGUAAUGAUUUGUUAUUUUCAUUUUUGUUUGAGCAAUGGUAGGCAUUAGAUGCACACUUUCCAUUCAAAGCACUGCACAAACUUCUCAUUCAUGUAAAUUCAUUUGACCAACAAUGUACCUAUAAAUAACAAUAGGGUAUUUUGCGGCAAGAAAAGUGAAAUAAGUGGGUGAAUGAUAUUUGUUAAAUAAAUUUGAUAUUGAUCAAUAAAAAUGAUGUGAAGUGAUGUUUAUU